AUGACUUUCGAGAUCGUUAAGAUUCCGCAUGACGAGGCUAGCAGCCGGUCUUACGUGCACCGACCGCUCCUCUUAGCUUUGGUUCUACGUAGUACAUACCCAAGGGAAAUUGGGUUUACGGAUAGCAUGUGGUAUGACCGGCUCGCGAACCCCAAAGCUAGAACCUAUGUCGCUUUACAGUCAGAUGCUGUAAUCUGUACUCUGACGUCCUUGGGACCCCUUCUGAGAAUUACAGAGGACCUGGAUUUACCUAUCCCCAUAAUAUCGCCUUUAGCCAAUCCUUGCGAAGCUGUCAAUGGCUAUGAAGACAGAAUACCAUCAGAAUACCCUCUGCGUAUCAAUGGGAUGUUCAUACUCCCAAAGGCUCGUGGCCAAGGAGUUGCCAAAGCGUUGAUCGACAGGCUCGUCAGGGAUUGGUCUGCUGAAGCAGAAAAUGCUAGAAAAAUCUUCGCUGCGAGUUUGGUUGUCGAGAAAGCCAAACCUGCUGCUAGAGCUCUAUACGAGAAGUGUGGGUUUGUGACCACUGGAGAGGAGCCUUUUGCAGACUGUACUGUUUAUCCAGAGCAUCGAAUGGUGUUGCUCAUGACUUAUAUCAAGAUUUCGACCUAUGAAGAUGGAGAUGCUACUGAGAACUUCCUCACGGAUGUCGUUACUUGCGCCCAUAACAGCUGCGACAAUUACUUCGAUACAAAUCUUCUCUCAACGCCUCUCCAGCUCGCUUGUAUGCUAGCUGGUUCGCCAAUACCGGACUCAGCUAUUCAAAAUGCGGAGAAUCAAGCAACCAGUUUGGCGACCCAGGUCACACCAACGCUGACAGUAGUUGAGGAUCCUGCGAAUGGAGGAGCUGAGCCGAAAACGACGAUAUAUACGCUAUUGCCGCCUGUGUCUACAGUGACGCAUACUACGACGAAGUCGUGGUCGACCAUGUAUCAAAUUUACCCCAUCACGAUUAGAAGGACGACUAUUUCAGAGCCAACCUCAAAAUUUACGUCAAUCUCGACUCUGAUUUCGACAAAUAGCUCGACGGGUGUCGGUCCCAUCGUGAUCAUAUCCACGGAUAGUGAGGGGCCGACACGAACCAGUACGUCUACGCAACCUGGAGUAGUCAGCACUUAUUCGACGACGGAUUCCCAGGACAGCACGAUGACACAGAAGUCCGUGCUCGCGGCGAUUGCAUCUUUGUCUGGGCAUUCUCCAAUCUCUCUCACCUCAGUCGUUCCAAAGAUUUCGAGUUUCAAAUCCAAUAGUGUGGCACCUGUAAGGACUAGCUCUAUCUUAUUGACCUCGAUCAAGAUACCAAAGGCACCAAACGCAGAUGAGACGAACAGCUCGCCAUUCAAGAACACGAACGGUGCUGCCGGUAGACCGCGAGGAGGCUCGUUCGGAUUAGGUAUUGCGCUGUCGGUUUUGUAUGUUUGGUUGUGA